GCUACCUGUAAAUCUGCGAUGCCAUCUUCCAACAAAUGGAUGUGACAGACGGAGCCGGAGAGCGAGAAUUACAUACAAGAAAGCGUCUUUUUCCCCAAAAACGAUAUAUCCGUAAAACAUACGACAAUUCGAGGCCUUCAGUGUGAGGAGCGCAUUCAACAGUGCGCGGUGCUGAUCUCAAGUAGCGGACCUGCUGAAGGCUGCGCUGUAAAACAAGGUGGAGGAGUGAGUGAAUCGACGGGCGACGACAGCACGCCUCUUCUGUGUAAUAAUAACGCCGCUGAUGUUUUAUCUAUCUGGGACUGUGAGGGGGAGACCGUGAGUUUUGAGGAGUUUGCACAAGAAAUGUGAUUUUUACGCACAGAUCUGACGGAUGACGCGCAAUUCCAGCCACGACCGCGCAUCGUGAGGCGCACGACGGAAAUCUUAAUUUCAACAAGAAGUUUGUUUUUUAAAUUUUUUUUUAUUGCGAGUGUGGCUCUUGUGGACUUAACUUUUACAUCCUCGCCUAGAGUGAAGCCAGAUGCGAUGGAAGAGAAGCGGAAGGUGGUUGGCUGAACAUGCCUGAGCCGUUGUGGCAUCAGGGGGCGCUGGCUGGAGCUCCCCAAAGGCCCUGAAUCCCAGUUGAGUUUGUUUGUUUUAGGGGCUGGGAGGUGACGAGAAGUCGAUAAUGCCGAAAAACAGGGAGAAACUGAACCUGGACCCAUCCAUUCACAUAUCCAAGAUGAAUGUAAUCAUCCCGUUCUCACCAGAUGUUCCCUGUGACAACAACGGCCAGCGGAUGUGGUGGGCUUUCCUCGCCUCCUCCAUGGUCACUUUCUUUGGGGGUCUUUUCAUAAUCCUGCUGUGGAGAACUCUCAAAUACCUGUGGACCGUAUGCUGCCACUGUAACGCCAAAAAGAAGGAGGUCCAUCGGAUCACCACAGGUGAUGGUAUUAAGCGCGCAGACAAGGAUGAUGCGGCAGCCAGCGAGGUCGGCUGGAUGACCUCGGUCAAAGAUUGGGCCGGAGUCAUGAUAUCUGCACAGACGCUGACAGGAAGAGUCCUGGUGGUUCUCGUGUUUGCACUCAGCAUCGGAGCCCUUGUAAUAUACUUCAUAGACUCCUCUGAUCCUAUCGAGUCCUGUCAGUACUUCUACAAAGACUUCACGUUGCAGAUUGACAUGGCAUUCAACGUGUUCUUCUUGCUGUAUUUCGGCCUCCGUUUUAUUGCUGCCAAUGACAAGCUGUGGUUCUGGCUGGAGGUGAACUCUGUGGUGGACUUCUUCACUGUUCCUCCAGUGUUUGUAUCAGUGUACCUGAACAGAAGCUGGCUUGGUUUGAGGUUUUUAAGGGCCUUAAGAUUGAUACAGUUCUCAGAAAUUUUACAGUUUUUGAAUAUACUAAAGACGAGCAACUCGAUUAAGCUGGUGAACCUGUGUUCAAUCUUCAUAAGCACAUGGCUAACCGCAGCAGGUUUCAUACAUUUGGUGGAAAACUCAGGGGAUCCUUGGGAAAACUUCCAAAAUUCCCAGACACUUUCCUACUGGGAAUGUGUCUACUUGCUCAUGGUUACAAUGUCCACUGUUGGCUAUGGAGACGUAUAUGCAAAAACCACCCUGGGCCGCCUGUUCAUGGUCUUCUUCAUCCUUGGUGGUUUGGCCAUGUUUGCUCGCUACGUGCCAGAAAUUGCUGCUCUCAUCCUUAAUCGGAAGAAAUAUGGAGGGAGUUAUAACUCGACCAGAGGCAGAAAGCACAUCGUGGUCUGUGGUCAUAUAACACUUGAAAGUGUAUCCAACUUUCUAAAAGACUUCCUACACAAGGACAGGGAUGAUGUCAAUGUAGAAAUUGUUUUUCUCCAUAAUAUUUCCCCUAAUCUUGAGCUGGAAGCCUUGUUCAAACGCCACUUCACCCAGGUAGAGUUUUACCAAGGAUCUGUCCUAAACCCACACGACCUGGCCAGAGUCAAGAUUGAAUCAGCUGAUGCUUGCUUGAUCUUAGCCAACAAAUACUGCGCUGACCCCGAUGCUGAGGAUGCAUCCAACAUCAUGAGGGUGAUAUCUAUCAAGAACUACCAUCCAAAGAUCCGAAUAAUUACUCAGAUGUUGCAGUACCACAACAAGGCCCACCUUCUGAACAUCCCGAGCUGGAACUGGAAGGAAGGAGAUGACGCCAUUUGCCUUGCAGAGCUCAAGCUUGGGUUCAUCGCCCAGAGCUGCCUGGCUCAGGGCCUCUCCACCAUGCUGGCCAACCUUUUCUCCAUGAGGUCCUUCAUCAAGAUUGAGGAGGACACAUGGCAGAAGUAUUACCUUGAAGGAGUGGCCAAUGAAAUGUACACGGAGUAUCUGUCGAGUGCCUUUGUGGGUUUGUCCUUCCCAGCAAUUUGCGAGCUCUGCUAUGUGAAGCUAAAGCUGCUGCUGAUAGCUAUAGAGUACAAGUCUGAUCAAGGGGAAAGCAGCACCCUGAUAAACCCUGGAAACCACGUGAAAAUGCAGGAGGGGACCUUGGGCUUCUUUAUUGCCAGUGAUGCCAAAGAAGUAAAGAGGGCGCUGUUUUAUUGUAAGGCCUGCCACGAUGACAUAACUGAUCCCAAAAGGAUAAAGAAAUGUGGAUGCAAGAAAUUUCAAGAGGACCAACAGUCAGCGCUAUCGCCCAAAAAAAAGCAACGUAAUGGAGGCAUGAGGAAUUCUCCAAAUUCCUCACCUAAGAUAAUGAGACAUGACCCACUCCUCAUCCCGGGAAAUGAGCAGAUUGAGAGCAUGGAUGAGAACGUAAAGAAAUACGACUCCACAGGGAUGUUUCACUGGUGCCCGUCCAAAGACAUUGAGAAGGUCAUCUUGACAAGGAGUGAGGCAGCCAUGACUGUUCUGAGCGGUCAUGUGGUUGUGUGCAUAUUUGGAGAUGUGAAAUCAGCGUUGAUCGGUCUCAGAAACUUUGUGAUGCCUCUGAGAGCAAGCAACUUUCACUACCAUGAGCUGAAGCACAUUGUGUUUGUCGGCUCCCUCGAGUAUCUGAAGCGGGAAUGGGAAACUCUUCAUAAUUUCCCAAAAGUCUCCAUUCUGCCUGGCACACCAUUGAGUAGGGCAGAUCUGAGGGCUGUCAACAUCAACCUCUGCGACAUGUGUGUCAUUCUGUCAGCCAAUCAGAACAAUAUUGACGAUGCUUCACUGCAGGACAAAGAAUGCAUCUUGGCGUCACUCAACAUCAAAUCUAUGCAGUUUGAUGACAGCAUUGGGGUCUUGCAGGCUAAUUCUCAAGGCUUCACGCCACCAGGAAUGGAUCGAUCAUCUCCUGAGAACAGUCCAGUCCAUGGAUUAGUGAGGCAGACCUCUGUCACAACUGGAGCAAAUAUUCCCAUCAUAACAGAACUAGUGAACGACUCAAAUGUUCAGUUCCUGGACCAAGAUGAUGACGACGACCCAGACACAGAGUUGUACCUCACUCAGCCUUUUGCCUGUGGGACAGCAUUCGCAGUCAGUGUGCUGGAUUCCUUAAUGAGUGCGACAUACUUCAAUGAUAAUAUCCUCACCUUGAUCCGGACGCUGGUAACAGGCGGGGCGACACCGGAGCUGGAGGGGCUGCUGGCAGAGGAGAAUGCAUUACGGGGCGGCUACAGCACACCACAGACCCUGGCAAACAGGGACAGGUGUCGCGUGGCACAGCUGGCCUUGUACGACGGGCCCUUUGCCGACCUCGGGGAUGGUGGUUGUUAUGGUGACCUGUUUUGUAAAGCCCUGAAAACAUAUAACAUGUUGUGUUUUGGCAUCUAUCGGUUACGAGACGCACAUCUAAACACACAAAGCCAGUGUACCAAACGAUAUGUCAUAACCAAUCCACCGUAUGCAUUUGAGCUGGUGCCCUCAGACCUGAUAUUUUGCCUGAUGCAGUUUGACCACAACGCCGGCCAGUCUCGAACCAGCCUCUCCCACUCCUCUCAUUCGUCCCAUUCUUCAAGCAAAAAGAGCUCCUCUGUCCACUCUAUCCCCGCCACCAACCGCACCAACCGAGCCAAAAGCAGGGACUCGCGAGACAAACAAAAAAAAGACAUGGUUUACAGAUGAGCAAGAGAAUACCCACCAGAGGACCAUACAGAUCAAGCCUGUGAAUACUCUCAUCGUCAAUCACGUCAGUCGAUAUACUGCAUAUCCACAAGCAGCUUGAUUCCACCCAUCAGAGAAGCAGAGCACGAGUGCUGAGUUCUGGACCCGUGCUGAUCACUGGACUCCUAGAAGACUCAUCGUGUUGGUGUCUGUCUGGGAUUUGAGAUAUCUCAUCAUCUGCAAACACAAAUCAUCAUUUUUUUUUCAUCAUAUAAGGCGAACACACAUACACUGCUUUCUUCAUUCACCUCUGCAGAAAGUUUAAUUUAUGUAAUCUACAUUAAAGACAAUCAUAGUCAAACAUCACAGUCAUUCAGCUGUUAGUUUGCACAGCUAACCUUUAGCAGUGGCCAGACUCCAUGACUUUUUGUUUUAUUUUGGGGAAUGAUGGUCAUAUCAAGAAGAAAAGCAAUGUAAAAAAAUAACUACUACUAAUACUGCUAAAAAGGGUGUUUAUUAGGAUUACUGGAUCAAGUUUUACAAUUGUAAAAGUUGCCUUCUUAGCUGUGUAUGAACAACAACUACUACUUCUGCAUUUACUUUAACCAAUGUUGCAGAGUUAGUCUGUACAGAAUGUUAAAAUGUGUAUUUUACACCCAGCUGCAACCCCACCACAAUGGCAUUGUUAGUGACUGACUCUCAGUCAUUCCUUUGCCAUUUGGAGCUAAUUCACAACAUUUGUGACGGUUAUGAUGGCCAGUGUCCAUAUGUAAAUGGCAUUUGGGUCCAGCCUUAUCUGAAUCCAUUAUUGUUUGUCUUAUUUUUGCCUUUUUUUUUCUUUUUUUUUUUUUUUUAAGUUGUUAUAAAUGUUGUCAUGUUGCUAUUUCGAGUUGUCCAAAACCCCAGAAGUGUUAACAAGUAUCUGCAUCUGCAAAAUUUCUCCAAGGAUAUUAGGAUGUUUCUUUUCCCUUUUCUUUUUGUUUUCAAUAGCCAAAUAUGAUAGAGCUGUUUUGUUGGCGACAUUAUAAAACAACCAAAAAUCUUAAAGUUUCCAAUAUAAUUUCAGAUCUGUUCAUUUACUUACAACACUAUAGACACCUAAGCCAAAUGCUAUGACCAUAUCUGAUAUAUCUGUAGGUGAGUUGAGCAUAAAAGCCACAUAUCGCAUAAAGUGGGCAUCUUUUAAGUCCUCCUUUGGCUGUAAGCACUGCCUGACACAGGAUUGUCUUGGAGGCCAUUAAGUAACUUGUAUGUUCUCCAUGACCAAUCUUAAUGCCAUAAAUCAGACAUUUUUUUUGUUUGUUUGUUUUUUAUGCAUGAAGAACAGCUCUAUCAUAAAAGAUUUUGGCUAUUUGCUUUUUUGGAUUACUUUCUGCUGGUUAACCACCUCAAUGACUGAUUAUAUAUCUUAUAUAUCCAUUUACGUCUAAUAAAGCAGCAAUCAUUUGUUUCUGCUUGGAAGCACAGAAUGCAGAGUGUGGCGUUAUUAAUCACGUCUUAUUUAAAUAAUGAAUCACAGCUAUACUGGCACUGUUGUCACUUUACUUUAGGAUCAAUGAGGGGGAAGGAAAGGUAUAUAUAUAUAUAUAUAUAUAUAUAUUAAAAAGAACAGAAAAGCACACAUUACUCUAUGAAUUUCUCAAUCCAUAUAUGACACAUGACAGUCCAGUCUAGGAUUCAUGUUGGAUGUAAAAUGAGAGAGGUUGUGACAUUUUUACUGGCACGGAGGAAACCCAAGCUGUCCAUCCCUCAGUGCCAGUAAUGUGCCAGGCAGUGCUGAAGCCAAUGGAGGACUCUAGGAAGACCCACUGCUGCGAAAAGAGGCUUCUAGUUUAGCUUUCUAAACUGUUACUGUUGUAAACAAUCUGAAAAGUCUUAAAACUUUUUUUUUUUGUAAAUGCAUCGAUCAUCAAGAGCACAGCGUGAAAGCAGUUCAGUUAUAUGUAAAUCUGUAAAGCUUAAUGUGAAGUAUAUUUUUUUCUAGUGUGUUUUUCUUGUUUGACAGUACCUGUGGGGUUGAGAGACAUUCAGCAUUGCAGUCUAGUCUGUAUUAUUUUGUGCAUUUCUUUUUAGCACAUUGACAAUGCCAGUGCUAAGUUGAUAUUUCUGACUAUGUCAUAAUACACAAUAAUAAAUACUUGUCUUGUACAAAUAGGCUUGUAUAUAAAUUGUACAUGAUUUCAUUUUGUAUUUUCACAAAUUAAAA